AAUGGCCGCGCCGCAUUGGGCCGCCGCGGGCAGUGGGCUUGCCUCCGCUGCCGCCCGCCUCUCAGCGCUCGGGGGUAGGGUGAGACGGGGAGGCUCCUUCGCCAAAGCCUAAAGCGGAUCAAAGUAGGGGCGAUCGGAGGCGGUGAAGGUGAAGGCUUUUGAGGACUCUUCCUGAUCUGGGUCGAAUCUCCUCCUGCCCUCACCCUCGUUGCCGCUUCUCCUGCUCCUCAGAGUCCUGCUGCUGCUGCCGCUUCCACUGCCCUCACUCCCACCUGAAACCUGUCCACGAUGGAGAAGACCGAGAUGAUCCAGAAGGCCAAGCUGGCAGAGCAGGCCGAGCGCUAUGACGACAUGGCCACCUGCAUGAAGGCGGUGACCGAGCAGGGGGCUGAGCUGUCCAACGAGGAGCGAAACCUACUCUCGGUGGCCUACAAGAACGUCGUUGGGGGGCGAAGGUCAGCCUGGAGGGUCAUUUCCAGCAUCGAGCAGAAAACUGACACCACUGACAAGAAGAUGCAGCUGGUCAAGGACUACCGGGAGAAAGUGGAGUGUGAACUAAGAUCCAUCUGCACCACCGUCCUGGAAUUGUUGGAUAAAUUUUUAAUAGCCAAUGCGACUAAUCCAGAAAGCAAGGUCUUCUAUCUGAAAAUGAAGGGAGACUACUUCCGAUACCUUGCUGAAGUAGCCUGUGGCGAUGACCGAAAACAAACAAUAGAUAAUUCCCAAGGAGCUUAUCAAGAAGCAUUUGACAUCAGCAAGAAAGAGAUGCAACCUACACAUCCAAUUCGUCUGGGGCUAGCUCUUAAUUUUUCUGUAUUUUACUACGAGAUCCUUAAUAACCCAGAGCUUGCCUGCACAUUGGCUAAAACGGCUUUUGACGAGGCUAUUGCAGAACUUGAUACACUGAAUGAAGACUCUUACAAAGACAGUACCCUUAUCAUGCAGUUGCUUAGAGACAACCUAACAUUAUGGACAUCAGACAGUGCAGGAGAAGAAUGUGAUGCUGCAGAAGGUGCAGAAAAUUAAAAUUCAUACAGGGUGUCAUCUUCCUUUCUCUCAAGAAACCUUUUUACACGUCUCCAUUCCUUAUAGCUCCACUUGGAUUUCCUAUAGCAAAAGAGAACCCAUCCAUGUGUAUGGAAAUCAAUCGUUUAUAGUCUUUUCACACUGCAGCUUUGGGAAAACUCCAUUCCUUGAUUUGUGUUUGUCCUGGCCUUCCUGGUGUGCGGUUACUGCUGUAGAAAAGUAUUAAUAGCUUCAUUUCAUAUAAACAUAAGUAAUUUCCGAACACUUAUGUAGAGGACUAAAGUGUAUCUGGUAUUUAAAAAUCUGAACCAGUUCUGCAAGUUGACUGUGUUUUGUAUUACAGUGAAGAUAUGAAAAUGUAGUUAAAUACACCUCAAGUGUUUUACAUAGCUUCUCCUCCCCUUCCCCCUCCCCCCCCAUCUCCAUAUCCCCACCUUAUUUUUCAGGGUGGGUUGGGAUUUUUUUUGUUUUGUUUUGUUUUUGUGGGGUUUUUUUCCAGCAAACAUGCUCUUCUUUAUAUAUUCCUUUUAAGGAGGAAUCUGGAAGUAUUGGGUCAAAUGGAAACAUGUUUGGCAUUUUCGAGUUAGGGAUCACUUGCUGAAAUAUGCCUCCUGUAAGAUAAGUCUGUGACAGCACGAAGUUUUCUUACUCUUCCGUUGCUGCUGUUUCAUUUGACAAUUUCCCUCUCAAUAAAAGUUCACUCACACUCCUGCCUUUGUAGUUCUGGUGUCCACUUUACUAUGUAAUAGAAGUAGCAUGUAACUACCAGAAUACAAAUGUUACUUUUGGCAAAUUAAAGUGCAUGUCAUUUCUUAAUACACUAGAAUGGGGGAAACCAUUGGAAUACACGAGUCCAGGCCUAACAUUUUUAGUACUUUUCCAUGCAGAUUUGUGCACAUGUGAGAGGGUGUCACGUUUGUCCAGUGAUUGUUACUUAGAAAGUUUGGACCACUAUUGUGUGUUGCUAAUCAUUGAUUGUAGUCCCAAAAAAGCCUUGUGAAAAUGUUAUGCCCUAUGUAACAGCAAAGUAACAUAAAAUAAAAUUACAUUUUAUAAACCA